CCAAUUCACAUUUACGCAUUCAUAUAUAUACACACACAAUGAAAAUUGAAACCUCAUCACAUUCAUAUCCACUACACUCAUAUAUCUUAAUUUAUUUCUCUAUUCUUAUUCAAAAUUCAUAGCAAAACGAGAUGAUGAAUACAGAGACGCAGUUCCAUGUAUUAGCUGUUGAUGAUAGCAUCAUUGACAGGAAAUUGAUUGAGAGACUUCUCAAGACUUCAUCUUAUCAAGUUACUGCUGUGGAUUCUGGGAUCAAAGCUUUGAAAUAUUUGGGAUUGCUAGAUGAUGACAAUACAAGCACAGACACAAAUAGUCAUGAAGUAGAAGUAAAUUUGAUCAUCACUGAUUACUGCAUGCCCGAAAUGACCGGCUACGAUCUUCUUAGGAAAAUUAAGGGAUCGACAUCGUUGAGGGAUAUCCCCGUAGUGAUCAUGUCGUCGGAGAAUGUUCCGGCAAGGAUAAACAGCUGCUUAGAGCAAGGAGCUGAAGAGUUCUUCCUCAAACCAGUUCGACAAUCCGAUGUGAAUAAACUCAAGCCACGUUUAUUAAGGGGAAAACAUGAGGAUUUAUUGGGAAAUUUUGAAGGAAUCAACAAGAGGAAGAGUGUUGUAGAAUGUGUAUCCCAAGAUAGGACUAGAGCAAGAUAUAAUGACUUGGACCUGUAG